AACUUGUGUGGACGCGCGGAAUAUUUCGAACGUUUUUUUGAAAUAAUUAAACUUCGUGCCGUUCAAAACAUUUUAUCUGAUUUGUGUGUUGUGUUUUUUGAAUACAUUUCGAAGACGUCCCAUAUUAUUUUAAAUCAAAAACGUGUGCGUUGGCCGUAAAUAGGUUGUGCUUCGUCGCUGACGGCUUUUAUUUUUAGUUUAGCUUGGUAAAGUUGCUCGUGUGGUGUGAGACGGGAUCUUAAUUUAGCGACGCAUAUAAGUAUGAACGUCGAAAUCGUUUGAAGAUUAAAAUGAGAAAGAAGAGAAAAACGAAGAGUGAUUAAAAUAUAUUUAAAUGAAAAAAUAAAAUAAAGCGAUAAACUCCAACCAAAUAUUAAUUAAAUACUCUAAACAAACUUUAACCAGACAGAGACUGGGUGUUUAAUAGUAAUCAUUGCUUAAAAGUGAACAAAUAUUAAAAAAGUACACAAGCAGAGCGUACCUCAAAAACAACCUUUUAAAAACAAACUUCGACCCUUUUACAAAUAAGUAAUCGUUUAAGGUGAUCUUUUGUUCAAAUAUUUUUGGGACUGCUGCCUUCAGUUUAUUUAGUUUACGUAAAAAGAACCCAAGCAUUAAAAAAAAAAACAACUGAACGUGUUAUUACGUUAUCUGUGAGAAUUAAAGCCCGCGAAUUUGUGAUUGUCAGUUGUCUUAAGUGAAAUCGGCGCCAAAGUUGGUGCAAUCAUUUCGUGUGUGGAUUAUUGUUCUGGUGUCAAAGUGGCUGGAGACGAGCAUUUGGACAUGUUGGGGGGCCCAGAGUGGGGCCAGCGGGAGGCCACCCCCCCUAGAGACGCCCCCCUACCGAGUUUCGGUUUCACACAGGAGCAGGUCGCGUGCGUAUGCGAGGUACUCCAACAAGCUGGCAACAUAGAGAGGCUAGGCAGGUUCCUCUGGUCCCUCCCAGCGUGUGAACGUCUCCACGCCCAUGAAUCGGUGCUCAAAGCCAAGGCCAUGGUCGCCUUCCACAGAGGAAAUUUUAAGGAGUUAUAUCGAUUGUUGGAAUCGCACAAUUUCAGCGCCCACAACCAUUCCAAUCUUCAAGAACUUUGGAUGAAAGCACAUUACUUGGAAGCUGAAAGGCUUAGAGGUCGGCCGCUAGGCGCCGUCGGGAAGUACAGGGUUCGGCGCAAGUUUCCUUUACCGAGAACAAUAUGGGAUGGUGAAGAAACUAGUUAUUGCUUUAAGGAAAAAUCUCGCACUGUCCUCCGAGAUUGGUACCUCCACAAUCCGUAUCCGUCGCCGCGGGAGAAGAGGGAACUGGCGGAGACGACCGGCCUCACGACAGUACAGGUGUCAAAUUGGUUUAAAAAUAGACGACAAAGGGACAGACAAGCUGAACAUAAAGACAGCGGCGGGGCGGGCGACAAGGCGCUGGACUCGUCCACGGACGACGACAGCGACGCGCCGCACGCCGCGCCCGCGCACGCGCCGCCGCUCUACCCGCUCUACGAGCACCCGCUCGCGCACCUGCAGUACCACCACUCGUGACCCCGCCGCUAGCUGUAGCGGUGACAGAACAAAUUCGAUGUUCAAUUUCAUCAAUUGUAAUUAUGUCCGAGCGACUGAGGUCGGCGUUACCGGGACUCACGUUCACACUGUAAAACGCAUCACACCCUAAACGCAUGUAACCGACACACCCACGUGUUCAAAAUGACAGCACAACACGACAUACAUUCGAUUAAUUAAUAUGUAAAUCUAAAGAGAACUCGCUUCUCACUCGUGAAAUUUCGAUAAUUCACGAUACACUAUUGGAAUACGUGUAUCCUUUAAAUAUUAUUAUUAAAUACAAUAUCGCAUAUCACUUUACAUUUCAUGAUAAUAUCUGCGUUGAGAUUCUAGUUGGUUCUUACAGAAUAGCUGUAAUAUUUCGUUUAUAAACUGUGUGGAGUCCAUUUGUAUUCUGUCAUAUAUAAAGUACAUUUUAAUUAAAAUAAUUAUUUAUUCUUAGUGAAAUUUAGAAUCGCUUUAAUAUGUGAUUAUCAUAUAUUUUGUCCAUAAUCAAAUACUGAAAAAAAAAACAUUAAUUGAUUCAAU